AUGAGUGAGUUAACUUUGGGUGAGCUGAAAGCUCUGAAGCAGCGUGAAGUGUCUGACAAUAAGCCUCCAAUCGAAGAAAGUGUUAAGAACCUUCACAAGGAGAGGUCACAUUUAUUAAAGCAUUCUAAGGCGGAGCGAUCCAGUCAGAAGUCUGGACCCAAGAAAUCGAACAGUAAGGGCCCCGUAGUGUUGCCAAAUAACACCGCUUGUAAUCCUUACAAUCCACUGAAAUUUGGUAAAAAGGGGCAAAGUAGUCGUCUUAUAGCCCGUGACCCUCGUUUCAGUGAUUUUUCUGGAACUCUUAACGAUGAGCUGUUUCGUAAAUCUUACGCAUUUUUGGACGACAUGCUCCAAGAGGAGGUGAAAGAUAUCAAAUCAGCUUUACGUGUGGGUGAACGUGCUGGAGCGCAUAGUUUAAAGGCGGCUGCAGCUUUAAACAAUAUCUCUCACAUGAAUAUAUCAAGUUUUUCUGAUGCUAAGCGGGCCCUAGAUAGGUACAAGACUCAGCAGAAGCAGUUAAAGAGCGAUCAUGACAUACGUGAAUUGAAGAAGGAUUUGAUUUCUGAGGAGAAGAAGAAAAUCGCAACUACAUGGAAGACCCCUUUUUACUAUUCUACUAAGAAGGUGAAGAAGAUGUUACGCGCUAAGGAAGAGGCAGCUAUUGAAGCUGCUUUGCAAUCAUCUGUCAUCAAUGCAGACGGGGCUGGAAAGAUUCACAAGAAGGUGUCGCGAGCAUCGAAACGGAGUGCUUUACGGCAUAAGCAUGUAGAUGUUGUUACGAAAAAACGUAGAACAUAA